GGGAUUAACAUCGUAUUAGUUGCUCAUUCAAGUCGACAUUUCCAGUGAAACUCAAUGGCAACUUCUACCCGCCAAUCCCCGGACCGGGACACCCAAACCCCCCUGCUAGACGACGGCGUCGAGGGCACCGUUGACCACAAAGGCCUCCCCGUUCACAGAUCGAGAUCAGGCGGCUGGCGUUCUGCUCGGUUCAUAAUCGGGGUGGAGCUGGCGGAGAGGUUUGCCUACUAUGGAAUCAGCUCCAACCUCAUCACGUUUCUGACGGGGCCUUUGGGGCAGUCCACCGUCACAGCGGCUGAGAACGUCAACAUAUGGUCCGGAACGGCGUCGUUGCUCCCUUUACUCGGAGCCUUUGUCGCUGAUUCUUUCCUUGGGCGCUACCGCACUAUUGUUUUUGCUUCCCUACUCUACAUUUUGGGACUUGGCUUGUUGACCCUGUCAGCCGUGCUUUCUUCUUCUGAGAUCCAAGUAAUAUUCUUCUUCUUCCCCCUAUAUCUAGUAGCUGUUGCACAAGGAGGACACAAGCCUUGCGUUCAGGCAUUUGGAGCUGAUCAGUUUGAUGUGUCAGAUCCAGAGGAGUGCAAAGCCAGAAGCUCAUUCUUCAAUUGGUGGUUUUUUGGGUUAAUUGCAGGUACCUCAUUGACGUAUAUCCUAUUGACAUACAUACAGGAAAACCUGAGUUGGGGUCUAGGUUUCGGAAUUCCUUGUAUUGCAAUGGUCUUUGCACUACUACUUUUCUUGCUCGGAACUAGAACUUAUCGGUAUAGCAUUAAAGGGGAUGAAGAAAGCCCAUUUGUAAGAAUUGGAAAUGUGUUUGUUGCUGCUUUAAGGAACUGGCGAACUACUCCUGCAGCAGUAACUUCUGAAGAGGAAUCUCGCGGAACCUUGCCUCACGAGAGUUCUGAACAAUUCACGUUUCUCAAUAAGGCUUUGCUUGCACCAGACGAUCUGAAAGAAAACAGAAGGGUGUGUACCAUCGUUGACGUUGAAGAAGCAAAGGCUGUUCUUAGGCUUUUUCCAAUAUGGGCUACAUGCUUGGCAUAUGCAGUUGUGUUUGCACAGUGCUCUACUUUCUUCACCAAGCAAGGUGCCACCAUGGAUAGAACGGUUGUGCCUGGCUUCGAUGUACCAGCCGCUUCACUUCAGAUUUUGUCCAGCAUUGCCAUUAUCAUCAGCCUUCCCAUUUAUGAUCGCAUUUUUGUUCCAGUUGCUAGAUCUUUCACCAGGAUACCUUCUGGAAUUUCAAUGCUGCAAAGAAUUGGAACAGGGAUGUUCAUGUCUCUUAUUUCCAUGGUAAUUGCAGCUCUAGUUGAGAUGAAAAGGCUCAAAACUGCCAAAGAUUAUGGUCUGCUUGAUACGCCAAAUGCCACGGUUCCAAUGAGCAUCUGGUGGUUGGUUCCUCAGUACUUGUUGACAGGAAUAUCUGAUGUUUUCACGAUGGUCGGUCUGCAAGAGUUGUUUUAUGAUCAGGUGCCAAAUGAACUAAGGAGUGUUGGACUUGCCCUCUAUCUCAGCAUCUUCGGCGUGGGAAGCUUCAUUAGUAGCUUUCUUAUUUCCGUCAUUGACGAUAUAACCAGUCUACCAGGCGUAAGUAGCUGGUUUUCGGAUAAUCUUAACCGUGCACAUCUCGAUUACUUCUAUUGGCUGCUUGGUGGAAUCAGUUUGGUACAAUUGGUUGUCUACCUCUACAUUGCAAAAUCUUACAUUUAUAAAUCCCAUGAUCUGUGAGAUCCCAAGAGUUUUGAAUUCUUGUAUUUGUAAAUACUAGUUCCCAAAUAGUUCCUAGUGUUACGCAUUAAUGAUAUAAUACUAAUCGUACUUUUUAUGGGCAAUGACGAGGAUAAUCGAUCGUUUGGGAAAUUGGCUAAAAUGAUGAAAAACUAAAUUGUGAUUGCCUUGUCAUAUUGAGGAU